AUGGGCGACCGUAUCCAUACAGCUAUUCUACAAUUCCUACUGACACACGGCUACAAGGAAACACAAGAAGCAUUCGUCAAAGAGGCCGGCGAGUUCAUUGACUUCGAUUCAGUGGAAGAUGUACCUCCUCUUGAUGGCACCUUCAGCGAUGCUCUCAAUCAGGUCACGCGUAAUGUCGCAUCGAUGAACUUGGAAAGACAAGAAGACUUUGAAGAUGCUGACGGCGACCACUAUUCGACACUUGUUGAACAAUAUGGGACCAUCCAUGCGGCGAAUGUUCUAGCAGUUGCAGUGGAUCCACACUCGCGUUGCAUUGCCACCAGCUCUACCGAUCGCACAGUCAAACUUACCAAUAGCACCACCGGCAUCACUGAUCGAGAAUAUCGACAUCAUCAAGCACCUGUUUUGAGCAUUGCAUUUCAUCCAUCUCAAGCCAACCUUAUGCUUACCACAUCCAUGGAUGGCACUGCUGUGCUAGCCGAUACCAGCAAAUCCGAUGAUAUGGAUCCAUCUAUAGGCGUCGUGCAGCGUUUCAAGGACCAUCAAAAGUACAUUGUGCAAGGAUUAUUCUCACCUGUGGAUGGCAAGUACAUGGCAACGGCAUCCUAUGACCGCACAGUAUGCAUCUAUGAGCAAGAUCAAGAAAGCAGUGGACACUAUCGCCUGAUCAAGCAAUUGGGCCCGUUCCUUGGCAACGUAGAAGCCAUGUGUUUUGCAGACAAUGCUGUAUUGGUGGUUGGUGCACGUGACGACAACUACUUGCAUUAUAUACAUAUACAAGAUGGAUUCAGGGACCAGAAGUGCAAUAUGAAUGCCAACAACGAUGAUUGGGUUUCCUUUGCACCAGCGUAUCUCAGCGUAUCCCCUGAUGGUCGUUAUUUAUUAUGCUCCACCGAUCAUUCAUCAGGCCGCAUCAUUCUCUUCAAGAAAGGCGAAUCGACUCAAGUGCGCAAUUACUAUGAUAUGCCAUCCGACAAUCAAUUCACAACACGUCGUCAUUGUUGGCAUCCAAGUGGACACUAUUUUUAUAUCUCAGGUGCAGAUGAUCAUUGUAUUCGAGUAUUGGAGACAAAGACAGGACGUGUUGCAGCUACACUUAAAGGAGGACAUACCGCCAUGGUGCGUGCAUUGAGCGUGGAUACCAAUGUAGGCCUCGUCUCAGUUGGAUACGAUCAUCAAGUCAACAUUUGGGCACAACCUUCCAUGUCUAUAGUGCGAUGA